AUGAGCGAGAAACAGAAGGUCCUAUUACCUCAACAGCCAGGCAAGCCGGAUCUGGAGCAGAAACGCCGAUUUUCAAAAGACUUUGAAGCCGCUACAAAAGUCUACGGACUCUGCCCUACUCGCGUGUGGUCUGUUUUCGCCAACCUUCUACCGAUCGAUCAACCUUUCAUAAGGGAUAAACGCCACCAGAAAUGUAGCGACGACUUCUGUGAGCUCUCUACGCGCAAUUUUACCAACGUCAAACAACGUCAUGAAUGCUCAGGAUAUAAUUGGCAACUAGACAAUAAAUGCCAACCGUUGAAAGGCUUUUUUGAUGAGCAAAUUCUGAUGAAAAGUGCGCUCGCCGGAAAUUCUACGGUGUGGAACCUCGAAGGGACUAACACAGUCCCGCUUUCUCAACCGUUCAUGGCUAUUUCCCAUGUUUGGUCCGAUGGAACUGGAACGGGUAAUUGGCCAGCUGGACAAGUUAACGAAUGCCUCUAUUCAUUCUUCCGAAGGCUUGCGUAUAGGUUUCACUGCGAAGGGAUUUGGUGGGAUACAUUAUGUACCCCGCUAGAUAAAGCCGCCAGAACGGUUGCAAUCCGAACAAUGGACUGCUACUACCAGAAUGCACGAGUAACUCUAGUCCAUGAUGUUUUCCUUCGAGAGUGGACAUGGGAUGGCGCUGAGAGUGCAUGCAUUGCGAUUUUGCUAUCACCUUGGUUCAGCCGUGGCUGGACUGCUCUGGAGUUAGCAAAAUCGCUAAGAGUGAAGGUUAUUUUUAAAGGGACGGAGGGACCUGUUAUCAAAGACCUUGAUUAUGACAUUCUGGCCAACAUUAACAAAACCACUCAUCCUUCUCAUUGGACCGCGUGCCAGAUGAUAAGAGAUCUUCGAAAGGGUAUUUCAGACCUUAACGGGCUUGUGAACACUCUACGGCAUCGCCACACUUCAUGGCCUAAGGAUAUGGCGGUCAUUUCCGGCCUUCUUUUGGGUGUUGAUGUUGAGCCUGAUUAUGAGGAGGGGGAUAUAUUACAGCAAGAAAUCUUCCGCCGGGUGAUGGUUAGAAUUGGCCGGAUUUACCCCGGCCAUCUCUUUCACAACACUGCUACAAUGGCUGGCGGGGAGAGCUGGUGCCCGAGAACCCUCCUUGAAAUGCCAAUUGCAGAACAUGGUGAGGAGCUUGAAGUCGACCAGAACAUGGAUGUGAUAGGCCUUUGGGAGUGCAUCCAUAUUCCAAACCCAAAAAUGCUUAAGGAACAUGUUGCCUGGGAACACUUACGGGGCUAUACGCAAAACAAACUGGAACAACACCUUCGAGAAACAGAUGAUUGCAUAAUCUUGGUAGAGCAAUCAGCUAUCGAUCGCCCUGUCAUCUCAAGGAAAGGACUAAGGCGGGCUCUCUUAGUCAAGCAAGUCCGGAGCGUGACAGACAAAGUGGUAUAUACAUAUAUCGGCGUCCUCAACUUUAACCCACCUUUGUCCGAAGAUAACCUCCGCUCUGCGAGAGCCACCUCCGAAUACAAGCGUGUAAUUAUUCAAGGCCAUUCACAAAAACAAUCUGCUAAAAAUGGGGCACGUGUUAUAGGUAUGGUCGGUAGUGGUGGAAGUUGGGAAGAUAUACAUCAGCUGGCCUGGAUAGGGUAUUACCGAACGCUUUUCAAAAAUGAGGAUAUCAAUAGACAGGAUAGUCAAGGGAGGCAGCCACUACAUUUGAUAGCUGAACGAGGCAACUACAAAACGGUGGAAUUAUUGAUCUCGCGACCGGAUGUCGUCCCUUGUCCUGACUCUGCUGGGAGAACGGUGCUACAUUAUGCUGCCUUUGGCGGUUCAUUAACUACCAUCGACAUACUCUUGCGGGCAGGGUUUGAACUACAAGCUCAAGAUUAUUACGGAAACACACCUCUACAUCUGGCGGCUGAGCAAGGACACGAGGACGUUGUUCAAAAACUCCUUAUGGUGAUAACGGAGAUGAAGGCUAGCAUAAAAUGGGAAAACAGGAAAGGUCUCACGCCCUUGCACCUCGCAGCUUAUGUUGGGCAUGAAGGAGUGGUUAAAUCCCUGAUCACGGCAGGUGCUGAUAUCGAGGCUACAACGUCGACGUUUGGGUGGACGCCUCUUCAUUUUGCGGCCUUAAAAGGGAAUGCCGAAAUCGUUGAGUUGCUUCUACUCGUCUAUGGGUGUAGCGGAAAAAUACGAGAUGAUAAGAUUUGCUGGACUCCGUUUCAUUGCGCUGCAGUAUCCAAUGUCAAAGAAGUCAUGCGUCUAUUCUAUGAUCACGGUGUUGAGUUAGACACAGAAGACACCUAUGGAUGGACGCCACUGCAGUUAGCAAAAGCACUAGGACACGAUAUUUCCUAUCCACCACUUGACGAUAGUGUCAUCAGGGAUUUUUGCAGAAACAAAUUCUCUUUGAUACACCAUAUGGCAGUUUAUGGACCGGAUGCUACCCGCAGAAUAUUAUUCAAUCAAGUAGAUAUCUGCGGGGAUGGGCUCAUCGAGGCUAUGGAUGUUGAUAGCUUUCCCGUGAAGAGGAAUGCUAGCCGUCAGUCGGUUCUACGCUUUGCUGUUAUCAAAAACCAGCAAACAAUAGUGCAACAAUUACUCGAGGAAGCAACGGACAUCAACCUGUCUGAUAAUGAAAUGGAAAAAACCCCACUGCAUUUUGCAGUGGAGGAGAAUGCUGUGGCCAUGGCUAAGUUCCUUAUUCAGAAGGGGGCAGACGUGACUAGAACCGAUAAACACGGUAGAACGCUUCUGCAUUAUGUAGCAAAAACAGGGAACGUGGAGAUGUUUGAUCUGCUAAAAGGAACCGGAAAACUGAGCAUCAAGCAGAAAGAUUCGGCUGGUCAGACGCCUUUAUUUAUAGCGACAUGCGAGGUCCGCUCACAAAUGGUUCGGUCUCUUCUUGAGGCUGGAGCAGAUCCUAACACUAAAGAUUCUCGCGAUCGGACACCCUUAUACCGCUUGAUCGAGAUGAGGAGCUGGUUAUUAUAUUCAGACCUUCUUGAACAUGGCGCGCAUCCUAACAUAUGCCAUACGUUUGCAAGUGAAGAACCGAAGUCGAAUAUUUCUCCUUCCCGCAAUUGGAGAGCCAAGUUACCGAAAACGGGGAGGACUGAUCUGGAGCCGAGAUAUAAUAUUGACUAUUUGAAACCCCUACUACACACAAUCCAAGAGGAACGGGCCAGUAUCUGUCAAGAUCUUCUUGAAAGGGGCGCGGACCCUAACACGACUACCAGAGACAUGACACCAUUGAUGUUGGCUAUCGAAGAAGAAGAUAAAAUCAUUGUAGAAGCUCUACUGAACAAAGGUGCUGGUCCCAACACUCUUGUUAAAGGUUGGGCUCCUAUUUCUCAAGCGACCUCGCGCGGGCAGAGAGAGAUCUCCGAGCUCCUGCGUGCAAAAGGUGUGAAGACGCGCGAUCGCUUUGCUGGAUGGCUUGCAAGUCCCCAGCCUAGAUCUCGUUACUUAUCCCGGCGGGACUUACGCGACAAAGACUUACUAUCCGUACUUAUUCCUUCAGGGUGGCGAGAUGGUAAUAAUAUCUAG